AUGAGUGGUUUCAUUUCCUCGUUGCUGAUCCAGAUUGGAAUACGAUCCCCCUUACCACCCCAACCGAGCAGCCUACCAAAUGACGACCAAGCUACAUUCCACCUGAACGAACCGACAAACCCCUCGAGUGAUAGUCACCAUAAAUUCGUUUCUCGGUCGGGCCAAGAUCACGAACAGAGAUCGAACUGCGGAGAUGCGAGUGCGAGUGCGGGGUCCCUACAUAGCCUUCCUUUCUUCACAACCCUACCCAAAGAGAUGGAUGGCCGAAACUUGCAACCGGAGGACACUCGAUCAGUGGCCCACAACACAUCCAGGUCCAUCCAAAAUAUAGCUGCGACUACAGACGGCUCAUUUGAUCCUACACAUGAAAUCGACGUCACCGUGCAGGACAAUUCAUCAAAUCUACCAGCUUCACACCCCAGCGAAGCGCUGAACUCGCAUAAUGAGCCACAAUAUGCAGCUUCACCGAUAUCCAUCGGUGAGCCUGGGCGAUCCUUGGGUAAUACCUUUGAUCCGGAGGGAUUGGCACAUUCUUUGCUUCCGGCGGAUGAUGGCAUGGGAGUUCUAAGAAGCAAGAUCAUCGCAAUUAGGGAGUUGCGGCUCACCAAUGUUGAAAAGGCGCGAAUGGUCCACGGUCUCAUGACAGAAGGUUACAACACGUCCCGUGAGCUUCCAAGCACCCCUGGCAUGGGGGUAUUCUCAACUCCAUCGAGUCCACGGAGCUUAGGACUGCCAACCAGUCCAGAGAUUCCCCGGGCCUCAGAGAUCAAUGCUCCUAGACCAGGCUCGCCAUAUUCCGAAUCUGCUCCUAUGUACGAGAACACCUUCUAUCUCACACCUGAAGAUCUGCAGCCCACUUUCGUUCCCAAGGCAGAAUCAGAAUCAGCAGAACUUGAAACUGGAGACGAAGACGGUGACACGGAAGAACAAGAAGAGAUUACUCUGGGAUGUGUGCACUAUCAGCGCAAUGUAAAACUCGAGUGCCACACUUGUAAAAAAUGGUAUACCUGCCGCUUCUGCCAUGACGAAGUGGAAGACCACUCACUCAUUCGUCGAGACACCGAGCACAUGCUUUGUAUGCUAUGUGGACAUGCACAGCCUGCAGCGCAGAACUGCAGGCAGUGCAGCGAGCAAACUGCGCAGUAUUAUUGCGAGAUUUGCAAGCUCUGGGAUAACGACAGCAAAAAGAGCAUCUAUCACUGCAGCGACUGCGGUAUAUGUCGAAUUGGACAGGGACUGGGGAAGGAUUUCUUUCAUUGCCAGACAUGCUCUGUUUGUCUUCCUAUGUGCAUUGAGACCACUCAUCGUUGCAUUGAACGCUCCACCCAGUGUGACUGUCCCAUAUGUGGCGACUACAUGUUCACUUCUCCAGAAACUGUCGUCGUCAUGCGAUGUGGUCACAGCAUACACCACAAGUGUCUCUCAGAGUACUCCAAAAGUUCUUACCGUUGCCCCCUCUGUAGCAAGACCAUCACCAACAUGGAAUCGACAUUCCGAAACCUGGAUCGCACCAUCGAGAGCCAGCCUAUGCCCGACGAAUUCAAGGAUACUAAAGGCCUUAUUUACUGCAACGAUUGCGGUUCGAAGCGCCGGGGAGACCUCCUUUCUCGACCUCGAUCAUCUUCGCUCAUUGAAAACGAUGACUCGAUGUCGUCUUCCAGAGGAUUGAACGUCAAUAACACAUCGACUCCUCAUUCGGGGCUCAGUGUCCCCGUGUCCCCCGAACCCGCUAGACGAUUAUCAUCCUAUAACAUCACACGGGGCCAUGCUGUCUCGCCUGUCGUCAGCAACUACUUUGGACUACCGACUGAGCGUGAAUCAGAGAAACCUUCAUCUAUACCCUUCUUUGGAGGUCCAUCUCGUGGCGAGAACGAGGACUAUGGUGCAUUGAAUUUCUUGAGCAAGAAGCUUACAUACCGCUAUGGACUGUUUGGCGGUGAGACCAAAUCAGCUGAAAACGUACUGGAAGCUAAGAAUGAAGAAGACGGUGAGUCUUCUGACGCGGUUGAAUCGGAUGGUUCCGAUUAUACCGAGGACGACGAUGAGGAGGAAGAGGACGAGGAAGAUCAAGAUCACAUCCAAAUUUUCGGCCAUCAAUAA